GCUUCUGUUGUGCGAAUUGGACGCGUGACGUGCUGAAGAUUAAAGACUUUGCAUAAUGGAAUCAAAAAAAUUUUUUUGGUUACAUUUUUAGAUGAAGAUGAUGCUCCUGGCAUAGUUUCAUCAAAGUGGUUAAGAUACCAACACUUGUUAUUACCCUAAUGUAUCCACUGAAGAAAUCAAAAACAAACUUUUAAAGAAGAUGCCUGCACCUGAAGCAACAUGGUCACAAUAUCAAAUAAAAAUACUUAAAAGUUAUGAAACUUAUGGCGAAGCACGAUUACAUUUAAAAAAUGCGGAAGAAACCUGAAAUUUGGACUCAGACGAAGCAGAAAAUGAUGUUACAAAUGAAGUGACACUGGACAUAAUGUCUGCCGUAAAUUACCCAGUCACCUCCGGUUCUAAAGAGGCCAAGAAAACGCAACUCAAAGCUGUUAACUGCCAAUCAGAGUGCAUUACAAACAAGCAAUAUGCUAUACAGCAGAGUCAUAUGAUUCAGAUUGUGUCAGACCUAGCUAACCAAAUGGCUGAAAUCAAUAGAAAAUUGGAUUUACCGUUAGCUAGGUCCGGAGAAACAUUUUCACCAACAGAUGACAAUGCAGGUCUUUCAGAACUUUUGAUGUCAUUUUUGUCUGGUAUUGGCGGCAGAAAUGUAAGAAGCCUUACGACUAAUAUGUUGAGACGAAUAAGUCUAGAUGAUGUAGCAGAGUUGUAUUCGUUAACUGGGAAACAGAUGAAAAAUUCGAAUAAAAAGUCAUUUAUGAGUACAGAAACCUAUAAAUUAAUCUUUCAAAUAUGUAGAAAAAUCUACGAAGAUGUAACUGAAGACAGUCUAAAAGAAAUUAUAAGUUAUUGGCUAAAUCAAGCUAAAGUUAGACUUUCAAGAAGAGCAGAAAGACAAAAUAAAGAAAAAAACCAAUAGCGGCGACCAUGAAACCGAUUUUUUCUCAUUUAAAGUAAGAUAAGAUAAAAGUAUAAAUAAUAAAAAAAUAUAUGUUA